ACAAAGGGAUGGCUCAUUCCAAUUUCCAAUAUGUGUAGAGUUCAGUGUGUUUGCGUACAUCAAAUGAACGAUGAGAGAUGAAAUUUGGUGAAAUCUACAUUGAUCAUAAAUUAUAUAUGAAAUUAUAAUUCGUUCAAAAUAACUGUUGUCAUUUAUCGUGCGUCCGAAAUUACUCUUAAAUAAUAUUGUUUUGAGUAUAUAACAUGGCUAGAGAACGCGGAAUCUUUAAAAUGAUUUGGAAUAAUUUUAUAUCUUCGCUAAAGCCUCAAUUUGCUCGUCGUAAGUUGAUGGGCGAAGAUUACUAUGGCACAAAAUAUUACGAGGAAGAUAUUCGCAAUUCCAGACGAUCGAGAGCCCCUCGAUAUUUUGUACCGGUAAACAAAGACAACUUUGAGCAAGAACUGCCCGCUGAAUGGGAAUCUUGGUUGAGAUAUCGUAGGAAGGAUCCACCUACGCGAGAAGAAGUUGAAGCAAGUUAUCGAUUAGCGAUGACCAAGAAAGAGAACGCCGCGAAGCUCUUAGAAGAAAACUAUUCUAAGAAGGAAGCUUCUAAAGAUCUUCCUGCUCAACCAUCUGCUUCUCAGCCUGCUAAUUCAGGAAACUUUCCAGCUUACGAAGAAUAUAAGGAUCUUGGUAAAAAUUAUUCACCAAAAGAUCCAUAUAAGUAUUGAAAAAACUAAGAUGUAGGAACAAUUUUAGAAUAAAACUAAACUAUUAUAUAUUUA